AUGAUUCCUUAUCCAAAAACUAAACGAUUUCAUUCGGUUAUCAAAACAGUCACCUGGCAACGCCCAUCAGAUCCCAGCGCAGGAUAUCCUGUGCUCAAAUUUGUUGGCACUGUGAAACUACACGAUACCAAUGCGGCAAUUGGUUAUCAAAAAGAUAGAGGUUAUUGGUUACAAUCUCGGAGUAAAAUCAUCACACCGUUGAAAGACAAUAUGGACUUUGCUCAAACAAUGAAUCCGUUAGCGAAAGAAUUUUUCUUCGAUCGCAUUCUACUCCAUCAUCCGACGAUGCGUGAAUAUUAUGAAUGCGGUUGUAGUAUUGUCAUCUAUGGUGAAUGGUGCGAUGGCAAUAUCCAAAAUAAUGUAGCUAUUUAUGAUCUGCCAAAAAUGUUCGUCAUUUUCAAGGUCAGAAUUGUAGAUGCCACGGUGGCCAGCGAGAAGUACGAAUCAAUUGAUCAGGACAGUGAGUCUGAGCAAGAAGCAGCCAGAAGCAACAAUAAAUUUUGGCCCGAACCCAAUCAGUGGUCCGAUAUUCGUUGGCCUGAACAUUCCAUUUACAGCAUCUUCGAUUUUCCGACCUACAAUAUUGAGAUCGACUUCAAUCAACUGGACUUGUCGCAGAAUCGUCUUGUUGAAAUCACAAGAGCUGUUAAACGACAAUGUCCUGUCGGUGCUCAUUUUAAUAAGCCAGGUAUAGGUGAAGACGUGGUCUGGACCGAAUGGGCUCAUUCACGAGGUCGUUUGGCAUUCAAAGUCAAGGAAACCGAACAUUCGGUAACCAAAACACAAAGAUUAGCAGCAGUGGACGUAGAAAAAUUGACGAGUCUCAACGAGUUUGUCGAUUAUGCCUGUACAGAAAACCGUAUGAUCCAGGGCUUGAAUCAUCUUCAUGAAUAA